AUGGACAAGGUAUCUGAAACCUGGACGACGGCUGGUGUUCAAGCAAUAUUCGAGAUCCAAACACGGGAAUCCGUCGAGUCCAAGGACUUGAUCGUUCCGACGGCGCUGGAUGCGGGUCUUGUCCACACCCCGGUGUGCGGCCUGGGUUGGCGAUUUGCUGUGAAGAUCGACCGAUCCUCCGCGCAGACUGUUGUUGUGAGUGACUCUGGGGAAGUCAUUCAGUCCUAUCAGGUGCAGCUAUAUUUCGACCCUCAUCUCAUCGGCGCGGCGAAAUACGGCGAACUGACGCUGGAGGUUCAAGUCGGACACUUGAUUCCUACCGUGGAGAUUGUCCCCAUCAAAUUUCAUCUUCCCACCGGCGAUCCUCGCAAUGCAGCCAACCUGGGACUUCACACGUACCCAGGAAACGCCAGACCUCCCCGUGUCACUGUGACGAUCACCUUUUCACCCACUCUUGGGCUGACGCUUCCAACUCCGCUGGAUCACCGCAUUGAACGUGCUCUGGAGGAGACUCUGGAGGGCGAAGAACUCGUGGACAUUAAAUUCUACGCGUUCAGUCGGAGGGACCGGUCUCAGCCCCAGAGCCCCUCUGAAAGCACAUUCGACGAAUACAGCUACGAACUGGAUAGCGAUUUGGACUCUGAUCAAGAAAUUGAUGCGGCGCCGCCACCAAAGACUACGAAAAUCGAAGCCGAGAAGGCUGACCCAGCGGGUCGGUUCGCACGCAGAGGUCGGGUCGUUGUCGUGAAAGACACGGCUUACAAAACCCUAAAAGCGCUCCUCAUGUAUCUUUACACGGGCGAGAUCCACUUCCGUUCUCUGCGGUCGAAUCCAGAGCCGGCAGAAGCGUCAAGCAGAGUGCAAGGUCCGAUCUGUUCCCCGAAAUCAAUGUACCGGCUCGCGGACAAGCUGCAGCUGGGGCUGGAUGAGCUGAAGAUGCUUUCCCAGGCACGCAUCUCUGCGAGUUUAGCGGAGUCCAACAUCCUGGAAGAGGUGUUUUCGUCAUUCACCUCCACAUACCCUGUGAUUCAAGAACUCGAAGUUGGCAUUUUGACUUCCAACUUCUCGAAGAAGGCCGCUGAGGGACUGCGUGCGAUGUGCGUAUUUAAGCUGAGGAGCGAUCGCCAGGCUCCUCUCCCUCUCCCUACCCCUCCCGCCCACCAUCAUCUCCACAUCAUCAACAUGGGUGUCACCAUCGAAGUGCUGAAGCAAGGCGACGGUGUGCGGUUCCCCCAGCGGGGUGACCACGUCACUAUCCACUACGUGGGCACGCUGCUGAACGGGGACAAAUUCGACUCCAGUCGCGAUCGGGGGAACCCAUUCGAGACUGAGAUCGGGGUGGGGAAGGUCAUCAAGGGCUGGGACGAGGGUGUUCCACAGCUGUCCAUCGGCACCAAGGCCAAGUUGACCGUCACCCCCGACUUCGCAUACGGCUCGCGCGGCUUCCCGCCGGUCAUUCCCCCGAAUUCGACUCUCUGCUUCGAGGUGGAGUUGUUAGGGAUCAACUAAACACCGCCUACAUUCGUUCUCGUCUUUCUCGUUUCUCUGUGUAACCCCAUUGUGCUAUAAACCAUUUGCAUCGUCCUAUCGCUCUCUUGAGAGUUGUGUCUCUGGCAUUCCGCGACAUUGGCGCCACGUAUCAUGUCGUGUCCCGUGCUCGUCCUAAUCACAUUUUGGGUUCC